AGUGGUUCUCGAAAUUCUACGGGGAGCGCCGGUGAUUGCGUAAUCACUUUUCUGCCGCGAUAAGACGAGUGGCGCAACGUGAGACUCGCAGGAACCUUCGUGGAGGGGAAGCUUCGAGAAGAUCUCUGCUCAGAGUGCCGGCCGCAGUUUAGGUUACACAACGUGUUCGAGAGCGUGCUUUUAUCGUGCUUUGCCUAGAAUUGUCGUGACUGCCAAAGAAAUCGCAAUUAUGGCUGCUGCUAAUGCUGUGAAGAGACUUAUUCCUCUUUUCGACAGAGUCCUCAUACAAAGAGCGGAGGCUAUAACAAAAACAAAAGGUGGCAUUGUAUUGCCGGAGAAAGCGCAAGCCAAAGUCCUGCGAGGCACAGUUAUUGCGACAGGACCUGGAGCAAGGAAUGAUAAAGGAGAGCAUGUGCCUUUAAGCAUUAAGAUUGGAGAUGUUGUAUUACUUCCCGAAUAUGGCGGCACGAAAGUCGACCUCGCGGAUAAUAAAGAAUACCAUUUGUUCCGCGAAUCGGAUAUAUUAGCAAAAGUAGAAGUUUAAAUUAUUCAUUGACUUUAUUGACGUUCCCAGUUUCGUAAAUGCUACAUACCGUUUUGCAACUUUACGAACUAAUUUGCAGCAAGGAAGAGUAAAUAUAUUAAGUUUUGUAAUAUAAUACUUUGAAAGUUGUUUCAUUUAACAAAAACCUGUAGUUUUUAAAGAAUGUUGCUGCUAAAACGCCAUUGUGUUUCUCAUUCUAUAUGUACAUACAAUUUUCUGAUAAAAUAAAGCAUUUUGUCUACUGUA